AUGCCUUUGGCCCCGGCAGACCAGGGCAAGUCGGCAUGGCUAAUGUUGAUAUCCUGCUGUAUAAUUCAAUUGCCAGUCUGGGGAUUCUCCCUCGUAUUCGGUAUCUUCCAGGAAUAUUUCUCCUCGCACAACAUUCUCCAAGGAAGUAAAGGUGACCUCGCGAUAGUAGGAACCACAUCGACGGGCGUUCUAUACCUUCUCUCACCCAUCUCAUUCACCCUGCUCACACGAUACCCCCAUCUCCAAAAGCAUUGCGCCUCAGUCGGUCUCCUGCUGAGUGUCAGCGGGUCCCUGGCCUCGUCAUUCUCGGUGACCGUGUGGCAUUUAAUUGUGACUCAGGGCGUUGUCGCUGCCGUAGGCAACGGGCUGAUCUUUAGCCCAUCGACCUUGUACCUGGACCAAUGGUUCAUUCGGAGAAAGGGCCUGGCGUAUGGCAUCAUGUGGGCAGCUAAGAGCGUCUGUGGUGUGGCGCUGCCAUUCAUAGCUAGGGCUUGUCUCGAACGGUUCGGGGCGAGGACUACAUUACAAGCAUGGACGGUUGUGACGCUUCUCACCACCCUGGCAUCCUUGCCAUUCGUCAAGCCACGCAUUCUUCCUGCCUCGUCGACAGCCGCGCGGCCACUCGACCUCGCUUUCCUGAAGCUAGUAACCUUCUGGAUGCUCCAACUGGGAAACAUCAUCCAGGGAUUCGGAUACUUCCUCCCAACAACCUACCUCCCAACCUACUCGACCACCACCGCCGGGCUCUCCGACACCACCGGUACUCUCCUGAUCGCGCUGUUCAACGCAACCUCCGUCGCAGGAGGAAUCGUCCUAGGCACACUCUGCGACCGCUUCGCCGUCACCAACAUCAUGCUCCUAUCAUCCGUCGGCUCUGCGCUCUCCGUCCUUCUCUUCUGGGGUCUCUGCAUCUCCCCUUCCUCCCCGUCCUCCUACCCCCAGACCGGCCUCGCCCUCCUCACCCUCUUCUCUAUCACCUACGGGUUCUUCGCCGGCGGCUUCAGCUCCACCUGGUCCGGCAUCCUGACCCAAAUGAAGCGGGAGAGUCCCUCCCUAGAAACCGGCCUGGUCUUCGGCCUGCUCGCCGGCGGCAGGGGCAUCGGAAACGUGAUCAGUGGGCCGCUGAGCUCCGCACUCAUCAAGAAGGGCUCUGUCGUCGCGGGCAGCGGGCACGGCGGCGCGGUCGGAUAUACGAGUGAGUAUGGCGCGCUGAUUCUGUUCACGGGCGUCACGGCCAUUCUGGGCGGUUGGAGCUGGAUGUGGCAUUGUUUGAGGGGAUGCUGGCAGGACGGAGGGAGGGUUCGAUCGGGAUAG